CCGGGACGGAGGCUCUCGCGCCCCGGGGUGGGCGGAGGAGGGGCGAGGUGGGUGUCGAACGUUCAUCGUGGCAGCUGCUUCAAACCAGACCUGCGGGGGCCUGGGGAACUCCCAGCUGCUGGAUGUGGGGCCAAAUUAUCUCCCAGGGCGGCUGGCCGCAGCGUGUCACGUGGGACCUCUUCUCCCCUAUAGGUUCUGAGCCCCGUUCGCCUGGGGGUCACCCACUUACGCCCUUCAGCACCUCGUUAGCCUGUGGAACUCUCUCCCACAAGCCAAGGCAUUAAUUAACCUGUAAGCCUCUGAUCAAAACAGGACGGGGGAUGCUCUCUUGUGACCGGUCGUUAACCUGGGGAACUCGCUGCCAUUAGCCUGCGGGCCUCCCAGAACCCCACCGACGUCUCUGUGCUGGUCUCCUGAGACGUGCGUCGCCUCGUUCACCUGGGGAACUCCUUGCCACACAAUAAAGGGACUGGUUCGCAGGGGCAGCGGUCAGACACGCUGGAUUUCACCUGGAGAACUCUCUGCCCCAUGAUUCCCUGCCAUUUGUCAACAGGGCAGGAGCGGAUGGGGCAGUGGGGGGCGUUUCAGCCCCCAGGAGGGCAGUUCAGUGAGAGGCGAGCGGUGGCCACUGGAGGGGGCGUUCACAGGCACGAACAGCAGUGGUGAUGCCCAUCAUUAGGGUUCAGAGUCAACACCGUAGUGACCAGCUGGUUCAAGCUCAGGGCAGACUCCGGCGCGGCUGGCCGGGGGAAGUCUGGGCUGCUGUGAUAAGGGCCCCGGCCCCUGACUCAGCUGCGGGGACAGGAACCAUGAUGGCUCCUCCCAUCCGCCCCCCCACCUCGGUUCCUGCCCGGGAGCGAGACGUGGGCCCCGGCGGGGAGACGCCCAGAACCGAUGGGCUCGGCCGUCUGGGUCCUGCUGGCCCUGCUGGCGCCCGGCCCGCUGCGGGGUUCCCCCCCCGCAGCUGGAGGUGCGGGGGGCCGGGGGUCAGAUCCUGCUGCCCUGUGGGGCCUCGGGCUCCCGGCUGCGCUGGGUCUGGUCCCCCCGAUACCCCAAAUGUGCCGGCGUCCCCGGAGACCUGCUCGAAAUCGCCCGGCUGCCCCCCGGGCCGGAGCCCCCCCUGGAGCAGUUCAGGGGGCGGCUGGACCCCCACCCCUCCGCCCUGGGGUCCCUGCUGCUCCGGGACCUGGGCAUGAGCGACUCGGGGACCUUCCUCUGCCUCGGGGAGUCUGGGGCCCAGCCCCCCAUCCAGCUGGAGGUGACAGGAGGCUGUCGGAACAACCUCACCGUCUCCUCCAACCAGACGUCCCCCUCGGCCCUGACCCUCCGGUGCCGGCGCUGCCCCCCGCUGGCCGGUCCGGCCUCCUUCCGCUGGUUCCUCGACUCCCAGCCCCUGGGCAACCGGCGCUGGGCUACCAAGAGGGAGCAGGGGGCUACUGUGCAGCUGGACCCGUCCCGGCGGGCGGCCGUGGGGCGCUGGGAAUGCCGUCUCCUCCACGCCUCCUCCGGGGGCUUUGAGUUCUGCGUGGCGCCCCCCCUCGGGGCCGCAGGUAGCCCCCACCCCACACACACCUGCCCCACGGUGCCGCCUGCUGGCUCUGACCCUGCCUCUGUUACAGGCCCCGGCUCUGAGUGGGGGAUCUGGGUCGCGGUGCCGGCGGCGGUUCUGGUUCUCAUCGGGGCAGGGCUGGGCGCUUGGCUCCUGUGGAGACGGAGGCGGGGCAGGAACCGACGGAAUCAAAACAAACGAGAGAACGAAACAGGAGCCCCCGGGCCCAGUUUAUCCCCCUUGGAAGAGCCCCGGCUCGGAGCCAAAUCGACCGAAAGACGCCUCGUGCCGCAGAGAGGGGAAAGCAAAGUCCCAGGCACCCUGCUUUACGCUGAAGUCCAGCACCCCCUGGUGGCUUGUGCCCCACCCACUCCCCCUCCCCCCCACGGUGCCACUGUCUAUGCCACUAUUUUCUGACCCCCACCCAAGCCGGCUCCGCUCCCCUCUUCUCACCACCCCCUUCAUUAGUUCAAUUCACACCCCGGCUCCCAGGUGAUGGGAAAUUCAGCUGAAAGAUGCUGUAAAUCUCUGUCAGAAUCUUGUGGUGGGGAGUUCCGCAGGUUAACUGAUUGUGACAUUAAAAUCUGUCCUUGAAACCC